AUGUAUGCGAGGUACGUGCCGCCGUCAAAAGGCUCAAAACCUUCCUCGGCGCCCUCAUCCUCGCCGGCAGCGGCUCGAUCAAACCCCGUCCUCGACUCUCCUGCCGCGGCGCCGAGCGACGGCCCCAGCUACGCCCGCUACGUCCCUCCGGCCAAAGCAGUACCGACGAAGCCAGAGCGACCUGAGACGGAACCGUCUUCCAGCGUGAUGUAUUUUGACGACGAACCUAGUCCGCCGAAGCCCAAGCGCAAGCGGGACGCGGAGGAGACUCGUCCGCAAGGAGCCAAGAAGACGAAGAAGACGGAGGAAGAAAAGACCCCCGCAAGGGUGGCCACCAUGUCGGCCGAGCCGGCCGGCGAUGUCGCGCCCAAGAAGAAGAAGAAUAGGCGGAAGCGCAAGCAACGAACGAGGGCAGCAGAGACCGACUCGGACGACUCCGGUGAUGGGGCACCUCGCCCCGAGCCCGCCCCCGCGAAGGCGACCGACGACGAGGAAGAACGGGCGGUCACCCCGGAAGCCACCAAGAAGGAUAUAAAGAAAGAGAAGCAGAAGAAGAAAAAGGACAAGGCGAAACGUCGAGAGCCUGAGCCCGAGCCCCAAUCCCAGCCUGAAGCUGAGGGCGCACCGGAGCCGGAAACGACACUUGAAGAUGCGAGCGCGCCCGAUGGGGAAGGCGAUGUUGCGAUGGCUGACGCGGACCACGAUGCCGACGACACGGAAAUGCUGAUAUCGCAGCCUGAACCUAUUAAAGAAAAGAAGAGAAGAAAAGAGAAGAAGAAGAAGGUGGUCGACAUGGACUCUGCUGAGGAACAGCUUCAACAGGAACAAGAAGAUGCACGGCACAAGGCAGUCCUCGAGCGCAAGGCCAAGUCGCUCAAGCUGGCACAAGAAGCCGCAAAAGACGCAGACGAUUCCGACCAGGAGCCAGAGGAGCUCCACGGCCUAGAGCCCCUCCCACAGCCCAAGGUUGUCGAGGAGGAAGAAGUCAAGCCUACCUACGACACUCUGCCGCCCUGGUUAGCGAACCCAAUCCGUGUCUCUCAAGACACGCGGGCCCCUUUCAAGGACCUCGGAAUUCUGCCAAAGGCCGUACGUGUUUUGGAGCAAAAAGGUUUCCCAGAAGCAUUCGCCGUCCAAACAGCCGCAAUCCCGCUAUUGCUGCCAACGAGCAAACAGCGCCCAGGAGAUGUCUUGGUCUCUGCCGCGACUGGUUCCGGAAAGACGCUCGCAUAUGCCCUGCCCAUUGUGCGGGACAUAAGUCAAGGGGUCGUCACAAGGCUGAGAGCUCUUGUUGUGCUUCCCACGCGAGAGCUUGUCAAGCAGGCGCAAGAAGUCUUUGAGGUCUGCGCGAGAGCUUUUGAUGGCGACGAGCGCAAGAGAGUUCGAAUCGGCGUGGCUGUUGGUAGUCAGUCGAUCAAAAGCGAGCAGGAGACGCUGAUGAGCAGCGAGUCUCGUUACGAUCCGGAAGCUUACCAGGAGAUCCUCAAGCAGUCGCAAGAGCGGCGACGGCAAAAUACAGCCUUCGACGACGAUGACGAGCUUCUCGGCGAGGAGAGGGAUCCACGAUUAGGUCCCUGGGACGGCCAAGUCGUUGAUUAUUCGUCCACCGUUGACGUCUUGAUCUGCACUCCGGGCCGCCUCGUUGAACAUAUCGAGCAGACGCCAGGCUUCAGCCUCGACUACGUGCGGUGGCUUGUGGUGGACGAGGCCGAUAAGCUCCUGGCACAGAGUUUCCAGGGCUGGCUUGAUCUGGUUAUGGAGAAGUUCAAGGUCGACAAAUUCAGCGCGAGAGACUUCCCGGACAUGGCCUACUCUGGCGUGCGCAAGGUGAUUCUCAGCGCGACGCUGACGCGGGACCUGAGCCUGCUCAACCAGCUCGCUCUGAGGCGGCCACAACUCAUUGUUCUGGAAGGCGACAGCAGCGCUCCGAUUGCAGAGCACACGCUACCUGCCCUGCUCAAGGAGUUUGCCAUCCGCGUGCACGAGACGAAUCUCAAGCCGUUGUACCUUCUCGACCUCUUGUCUGGGCCGUACAUGCAGGCAGCACUCGCGGAUACUGAAAACAAAGACGCUGUGGAUGACGCUGCCGAGUCGGAGUCAUCGUCAGAUUCGUCCUCGUCCUCGUCCUCAGACUCGGACAGCAGCUCAGACUCUUCAAGCUCAGAUUCGGACAGCACUUCUGACUCUGACUCGAGCGACGACGAGCCGGCCAAGCCGUUGAAGAAGUCAAAGCUCCCCCACUGCCUCAUCUUCACCAAGUCCAACGAGUCGGCCCUCCGUCUGUCCCGACUGCUCGCCAUCCUGGACGACACGCUGUCGGCGCACAUCAGCACCCUCACGUCGACGACGCCUACGCACAUCCGCCGCAAGACCUUGCGCGCCUUUACGACUCCUUCGUCUCCUGUCCGCCUUAUUAUCGCGUCCGACCUGGUGGCGCGUGGUAUCGAUAUACCCAAACUGGGCCACGUCAUCAACUACGACUUGCCUGGCAGUGCGGCCGGCUACGUCCACCGUGUGGGUCGAACCGCGCGUGCCGGUCGGGCCGGCUGCGCGUGGACGCUGGUCGGCGACGAGGAGAGCGGCUGGUUCUGGGGCAAAAUUGCCAAGGGACAGGGCGUGAGGCGAGCACAAAAGGUCGAGCGGACCAAGAUCGACGAGAUGAGCGAGGAGCGGGUCAAGGACUACGAGAAUGCAUUGGCUAAGCUCGGAAAGGAGGCACUAGAGGUCCGGCGAAGAUGA